AUGUCGGUCCGUCCUAUGGGUCCACGAAGCAGGUCGGAUCGUCCAGGUGUGCCGCCCUUGUCGCUUACUGGUUCGCUCUCGAGCAUGGGUGCACCGAUCCCUGACCCUCUCGCGACUGCGCAACAACAUCCGCCCAUCUUCUCCACUGGCCAUUCCAGUGUUUCACCAUCUGAUACUCCCCGCUUCGUGGGGCCGAUCCCAACUCUCAACACGCCUAUUCCUCCCCUGAGGCCAGUGCCCAUUGGUGGAGGUGCUCCUCGUCAUGUUGGCCUCAAGCUCAACAUCAGCUCGAAUAUGGCCGGCAAUGCACCGCUGUUCCAGCAAGUCGCUGGUCCUCCUCACAUAGAAGACGCUUCGACGACAAUGUCUCCUGAAGAAAGGACGAUCAGGCCUCACGAAACGUACGCAUCACCUUCACAAGCAAGGGCACGGAGUGGUAGCGAAGGAUUAGGCACGAGCGAAGGUGGCGGUGCAGGCGGAAGCAGAAGUGCGGGAGGGGAUAUGAACGGAAAUGGGCACGCUGGUGGUGCGCCGGCUCCUUCACCGCCUCUGGUGCCAGACCCCAUGGAGGACAUCCGGGCUGCUCUCAGUAAAAUGGGUACAGGAUCGCAGAAUGCUUCAGCUUCCCAACUUGACGGGCGACCAGCAGUCACGCCACCCACGAACGACCGUUCGCCAGCAUCCGAUCGCACCUCUUCAUCAGCAUCGCUGCCACCCCUUCCCCCGCCAAAAGAAUUCUCUGAUGAUGUGCUUGAGGAACUGUCGCGCCUCGGCGAGGGGGCUGGAGGAGCCGUUCACAAAGUGCGGGACAAACGAGACGACAAAAUAUACGCACGCAAGACGAUCACAACUCGCGAGGUCGCCAUGAGGCAAGUCGUGCGCGAGCUGAACAUCAUAUCGACGACACAACACGUGAACAUCGUUCAAUGUUUCGGCGCGUAUAUGUCACCGUCGAGCAGCGAGGUGAAGAUCAUGAUGGAAUAUUGUGAUGGUGGCAGCUUGGAGGCGAUUGGCAAGAAGAUGAAGGAGGUUGGGGCCGUAGUCGGAGAGAGGACGGCUGGAAGGAUAGCAGAAGGGGUUUUGCAAGGAUUGGCCUACCUUCAUUCGAAGAAGACGAUUCAUCGCGACAUAAAGCCGUCCAACAUUUUGGUUUCUCGUGACGGUGUCAUCAAAUUGUGCGACUUUGGGGUGUCGGGAGAGCUUGUUGAGUCCAUUGUGGGGACGUUUACUGGAACUCUGAUUUAUAUGGCCGUAAGCAUUUUCGCGUCUUCUUAUGCUGGACCGGAGUCUAACUCGUCCUUCAAGCCCGAGCGCGUAUCAGGAGGAAAAUAUACCAACCGUUUCCCGUUCCCCAGUGAUGUCCCAACGUUCGAGGUCAUCUUGACAAUCAGCAAGAGUGAGCCCCCGAAACUCGAGGACGAUCCAGAUGCAGGGAUUAUGUGGAGCGAUGAAAUGAAAGACUUCAUCAAACAAGCCACACCGUCCGACGCCUCGAGAGAUGCUGGCCCAUCCAUGGAUAUCGACCACGAUGAAGCAAGAGGUGCACAUGGCUCGGUGGAUAAGGCAGGUCUGGGGUUGGCCUCCUCGGAAACGCAGACGUUCUAG